ACGUCCACGUAAAACAAGGCUCACAUGAAGAGCGAAAAGUUGAAAAUAUGACAUCGUAAAUCAUCUACAAAUACUAAUUCGAAAAUAGAUUAUGAGAUAGAAGAGUUAUCAAGAUGUCAUAUACAAAGACAAAAACAAUUGUUUCUCUAUGCUCUUUGGCCAACUUAAUACUAGCAGCUGACAGGGUACUCAUGCCAAUAGCAAUCAUACCUAUGUCUGAUGAGCAUGAAUGGGAUCUGCAUGGACAAGGAUGGAUUCUAAGCUCAUUUGCAAUAGGAUAUAUGACAAGUCAGCUUUUAGCUGGAAGUCUGGUUAAACGUCAUGGAGGAAAGAAGUUUCUAACAUUAGCUGUUACCAUGUGGUCCUUAUCCACGUUUGUUACUCCAUUAUUUUCCAAUUCGAUUUACUGCUUGAUAACUUUGAGAGUUUUGCUUGGAAUUGGCGAAGGUUUUGGUUUGCCUACAAUUUUUCAUAUAUUUGCACACACAAUACCAAUUGAAGAAAGAUCGCGUGCAUUUAGCUAUCUCAUUGGUUUCGGUUCAAUUGGGCAAACGUUAACUGCAUUGAUUUGCCCUAACUUGCCUUGGCGAGCAAGUUUCUACCUUUUUGGUUUAAUGGGUUUCAUGUGGGUACUUUUAUGGGUGAUAUUAUACAAAGAAAUUCGGGGACCAAUUGAAGAGGAGUUUGUUCAACCACCAAAAUUAAAUAGUACAAACGUUCAUUGGACAGAGUUCAUUCGCCAUUGGCCCUUAUGGUCCACAUACAUCGCCCAUUUUAGUAUGAAUUGGUCGAAUUAUAUAAUAAUGCAAUGGUUACCAACUUACUUUGCCAGAGGCCUUGAAGCCAAAAGAGAAGAAAUUAUGUUUACAGCCGUUCCAUAUGUUAUGAAUUCACUUGUUGGAAUGACUUCAGGACACUUUGCAGAUGCCUUAAUCUCACAUAAAUGGACUGUUUUAUCAGUUCGUCGCCUAAUGACAACUAUUGGUUUAAUUGGACCAGCCUUAUUUAUCCUUCUGUUUAGUGCUGCUAAUAAUUUCGUUAUGGCAGUUAUACUUAUUUCUGUUUCUAUGGGUCUUAGUGCUUGCAAUGCUUCAGGACAUUUGAGCAAUCAUGCAGAUAUCGCACCAAAUCAUGCUGGUAUUACUUUCGCCGUCAGCAACACUUUGGCCACUAUCCCUGGUAUCACUUGCGGACCUUUAACUGCAGAGUUGGUCGUCAAGUCGAACAAAAGAUGGUUUCCUGUAUUCGUCCUAGCGGCAGUUGUAAAUAUUACUGGCUCUAUCAUAUACAUAAGUCAGAGUGCGGCUAGUCAGAUUAUAUAA